AUGAUUGGGGCUCUUUUUAUUUACAAUCAUAAAGGGGAGGUUCUAAUUCAACGAAUUUUUCGUGACGAAAUCCCAAGGACAUCUGUCGAUAUAUUUAGGGUGCAUGUUAUACAUUCCAGACAUCAGGUAAGUCUCUGCCCCCACUGUUAUGAGGACUAACCGUUUUCGCUGCCGCUUAAACCGUAGCAGAUAACAUGUUGUUCGUUGCAGAAUAUCAGAUGCCUGUUUUAUUUGAAAGUGUACUUAUUGUUGAAUUUCCUUUGUCAGUGUUCUUUAUGCCUGUCUUCGUUUUUUCAACUAUUUCUCACCACUUGAACAUCCCCUAAUUCCAGAGGGGAUACUAAAGGAAGCAAGAGGGACUAGAACGGCCAUUUCUGAUCCAGUAGUAACCGUUAGCCAGCCCGACCGAACUCCAACUCCGAAAAACCCGGAGUUUCGAUCCCGACUUUCCGGUUGGGUGUUCCACUGAUAAACUGUGGGCUUGCCGCUUGUUGGUUGUGAUCGGGGAUAUUAUCUCAUAGAAAUGUAACACCGUACCACUUUGACUGUGCGGACGAUUAUGCCUGUCCCGGUUCUAUUUUAAGUUCUAUCAAGAGUAAUUGCAGGGGCUGGUGUACUGAAAAGUAGUAUAAGUUGUCUGGCUUGCUGACGAUGGCUAGUCAAGCAGGAGUCACCAGCCCAGUUUUCUUCGUUUUUGUUAUUUCCUUUACCUGCACUGCAUGUUGCUACGCCGCUGCCUGCAAAGACCUUUGAUGGAGUUAGGAGACGAAAAUGGACAAGUACGUUACUGCAUUAAAAUCUACGGAGAAUCGCCCCCGUAUGAACUUUUACUGCGUCUUCGGAGUCGCGGGGCAGGAAUAAGGCUAUUUGUCGUGCACCGCUUCUACAUCCUUCUUCCUUUCUACUCUAGCACAUCCACAUUAAUUUGUUUACCUAAUUUGACUCUCCCCAAAUAAGUCUUACGUUUGCGUUAGCACUUUCAUGAGGUCUACAGUUUGGUGCACAGCUUACACGUGAGGGCAUGUACUGGCCUGUUAUUACGUUUAUCGAGUAUUUAUAGAUAGUAGUGAACUUACCGUGCGGUCUAGCCCACGCGUACUUUGGAAUACAGAGGACUAGGCAGAUAAGUCGCAAUUAACGACAUACUGAGUUUGCAUCUUUUGUACUUUGUAAGUGUCUCCUCAUACGUCGUGAAGUCUGCACGCAUCGUUCGUUUCCUUCCCUUUCUCUUUCGUACUGUGCUUUUAAAUGACCGUGCUGAAGCUUACAUGUCUCGUUUUGCUUCUCAGGUGCGCUCGCCCAUAAUAAAUAUCGCGCGAACCAGUUUCUUCCACGUUAAGCGUGGUAACAUCUGGCUUUGUGCCGUAAGCCGGAGAAACCUUAAUGCGGCUGCAGUUUUUGAGUUGUUACACGCCAUCCUAAACGUCUUCCAACAACACCUGGGACGAGUAACAGAAGAAAACAUCAAGAAUAAUUUCGUCCUAAUUUACGAACUCUUGGAUGGUACGUCUGUCUCUCCCCUCCCUCAAUCUGUUCCCCAUCAGAAGCCGUAGAUUAUGGCUACGCCCAGAAUACCGAUACAGGUGUUUUGCGUAAUCUUAUCACACAGGCGGCCAUCCGCUCUGCGACGAAGGAAGAAACAACUCAAAUUACUAAUCAAGUCACUGGGCAGAUAAGUUGGCGUCGCGAAGGAAUAAAGUAUCGCCGUAAUGAGCUGUUUUUGGAUAUUACGGAGUCAGUGAAUUUACUCAUGUCUCCGCAGGGUAAGUUUUGUCAGCAUGUCUUUCUAUCAAAGCGUCUAUGCAUUAUCUUAGUGAUACCAUUAAACCUUUUUGCUGUUGUGAAUAGUUCUUGUUACACGUCUUUUUAGUGUUUAUGUCACCUUUACUGCGUUCUUUCGCUCCGCGUUGGCUUGCACUACCAUAGACGUCAUCACAUUCAAGUCGCACCUCAAGUUGUAACCUAUGUGAUGCUCUGUUGGGCCAAGAUAGCAUGAAUCGCAAUUGUCUUUCAGCUCACUAAGGCUGCCUCAGUCAUGACCUGUGCCUUUUGUGCUCCUUUUCUACUCGUGAAGGGUACUGUUGCCUCGUCCUACGCAGUAGAUGUUAAAUGCCUGACUCAUCUGCCGUGUACUUGUUGGGUCUUAUCGAAUGCGGUGGAACUUGUUCGCUCCUCCAAUUUACUUUGUCAAUUUUCGUAGCUCAUUUCGCUUUUACCAGAUCGCAUAUCAACACCAUCAAGGGUUCUACACAGAUGCGGGAAUUAACUGUCAACUGGACAUGAAAUAUAUAUAUUUUAAAGCGAGAGCAAGAUCUACUUCCAGGGUAAAUAUCAUGUAUUGCUCUGAAGUCCUCUAUUCCCUUAUAUUUUAGUAUAGCUCUCGCUAUAGAAAGUCGAUCAGUCGACAACAUUUAUUUACGGUGCUGCCGAAUUGCCGUACUUAUAACCGAUGCGCACCUAUGCAGUUAACAAAACUGAUAGUUUCGGAGCUGCUGAGUUAUUUUUGUCAACUUCGACUUCUCUCCAUGAUCAUGCCAUUAAUAUUCAUGUUCGUUGUUACAACUUCCUCACAACGGGUUGCGCUGCAAACGAAGCCACAUUGGAUAGCGGUUUACAUCUGUCAGUCCGCGUAGAGUCCGUGCUUGCCCAUAACUACUGCCGUACGUGGGAGGGACGGUGUUGCAUGCCUUAAAUAUAGGCCUUCACGCCGCGUCAGCCACCGCGCUCAAUCCUAGUGCCACACUGUUGACAGGCUCGGAUAGUCUACUGGCGCAUACGAGAGGGGAGAGUGGAACCAACGCUGGGAAAUCCAAUUUCCUGUCAAAUCAGCGCAUCCCUCACUGUAGUAAAUAUGACGCGCUUGUAUCUAUUACGACGCGCCAAAAUUCAUGGAUUGGGACGCUGCCAACAGAAUGGAUAACUCAGUCCGUCCGCGAACUGAGAAUCAGGCUGUAUUGGCUCCUUCUCACUGGCAUGAGAUCCGAGCCGUCCUUACGGAAUCCAAGUGCAUUCUACAGGCACCAGGUCGUGUGUGGUACGCGCGGGCAGGCUGUUUAGCGUUGUCAGUCACGGCGCUCGCCUCCGGUCGUCUCUGCAUUAUCUUGUCAUCUUGUACUUGUGCUUGAUACGGCUGCGAUCAUGCCCGAUGUAGCCGGCCUCGAUGACUGUACCUCUCCACGCGUGACGAUCCGCGGCAGCAGAUCUAGACAGCUCAACCCACUCUCUUCGCCAACGACGGAGACCGAAUACCGAAGGUCCAAGAACCAUCUCUAUGUCUUGACGAACUGUGUCGAGCCAGGGUUUGAACUGACCCCCUCUUUGAAGCCUCCAAUGGGGCAACGGUGCCGGAUCAAGGGCAGUAACAUGGAGCUCCUGAGGAGGACGACGAACGACAUGCACGAACCACCUCAGUCGUCUCUCUUGGAUGGCCUGGGUUAUCCUUGCGAUGUUACCGCAGCGAGCGCGGACUGUCUCAUUUGAGACGAGGUCGGAGUACUUCACUCGAAAGAUGGUCCUCAAGCAGUGGUGGUCAAAUACCUCCAGUUUUCGCUCGUCCUCCACGCGCAAAACCCAGCAUUCACAUCCGUAGAGAGGGACAGACCGGACAGAUGCACGGUACACGCGAAUCUUAGUGGCGAUGGAGAGGUCGCGUCGGAUCCAUAGGCAUUUCCGAAGGCUUGAGAAAACCCAGCGGGCUGCAUCGAUUCGGGAGACAAUGUCGUCCUUACCCUAUCCAUUAGGCAGCAGCCUUGCCCCGAGGUAUUUAAAACCGUCUACUUCAGGUUGACAGCCAUCAAUCCCGAGGGGUACCUUUUCCUGGUCAGGAAUGCAGCUUGAAAACACUUUGGUCUUCCCAGUGUUUAUGAACAAACCGACCGAUUUAGCGACCUCGUUCACCCAUGACACCAUAGACUGCAGAUCAGCAAAACUUGAAGCAAGUAAGGCGAUAUCAUCGGCAUAGUCGAGAUCAGUCAGUCGAUGUCCGGAUGCAAACUCAACGCCGUCACUCUCGCCUAGGGCCCUCCCGAGGAUUUAGUCAAUAGCGUAGUUGAACAGUAUGGGCGACAGGAUACAACCCUGUCAAGCGCCAGACCGAAUAUCGAACAGUUGGGAAAGAUUGUUGCGGACCAGGACUCUCGCAGUAGUGGAGCGAUAAUAGGCCUUGAUCAUGGCGACGAUUUUUGGCGGUACACCGUCUAGCGCCAUUAUACGCCACGGGGACUCACGAUGAACGGAAUCGAACGCGGAGAAAGGUGGGUGAAGGGGAAGAAGAUGCGGUAGGUGCCUCACUAAUAAGCUAGUUUACGCGUAAGUCACGACUGCCACACUAACUCUGUAAGGCAUGUGAUGGUCGUCGUCGUUAGUUACGAUUGAAGUGUCAUUGGGCGUUACGUUAGAAUAGUUUAUUCUGCCUUACUAAGCGUAUGCCCAGUCUUUUGACGACUAAAGCAGUGAAUGAGAAUCUGUCCGAGAUUUCUGAAUGUAGCAAUGCUGUACGUGGUCUCCAAGCACCGGAAGCAGAUGUCCUUCAGGAAGGGUCGAACUACUAUGCCGGUCCGUCGGCUUUAUGCUGUUGUUGGUGAUAUGUCGAACUUUUGCUUGUGCAUGAAUCUUUGCUUCGAGUUUUGCUGGUACCAUCUCAUGUUUGAAGAGCAAACAUCGAUGUACACCUAUCAAUACCUAGGACACCCUCAUUCACACUACUUUUAUGAUUUAGAUCUUGUUAUUUCCCGUAACUUUGUUUCCUUGUCAUGGCUUUUGCCGCGAAUUUCCAACUACAUUCUGGCCAAUAGUGUUUCACAGCGCUUUUAGUAUGGAUGGAUGUCUUUGCACUUAUUUUCACUAUUACCACCCGACACGAUGUGAUACCACUUCUGCUACUACAUGUAGAGGAGAAUUGCUUUUAAUGCAGAUCUGCCAGUGACCCGAGAAGUUCGCAGUGUCAGCUUUCGAAAGUUACGGAAGUUGGGGCGAAGAGUGUGAAACACGGCAAAUCUACCCACAAAAUUAUGUCUUUAACCGAAGCCACCUCUUGAUUUAUCUAAACCGGUAUUUCCCGAGAAUUGAGUGUGCGGUUCAGGUAACCGUAACCAGAGCCUGUCAGCAUCGGAUCCUGUUUUCCGCAAUAAGGCCAAAUGUAAUACUCUACUUCUAUCUCACAAACAACAGACAAAGCUUGCCUAUACAGCUUAGUUGGUUAACCUAUGGUAUUCCACUGUCGUCUACGUCUAAAAGUUUAGAAUAAUUCUCAGAGAGAUCUGAGCGGUUUCCCAACUUUCUUCUUUCAGGGCAGAUCCUGUCUGCUCACGUUGUUGGAAAGGUAGUAAUGAAAUGCUACCUCAGCGGGAUGCCCGAUUGCAAAUUCGGCUUCAAUGACAAGAUUAGUUUGGACAACCGACCCAAGCCAGUCGCCACAACCGGAGACGACUUGUGAGUUCUUAAGCUUUUUCAAAAAGAUUCUUCUUACGUCUGUCGGUUUCUUAUGGAUGGUAGGUUCUUCUCGCUCAUAAUAUUUCGGUUUGUGCGAAACUUGAGCAGGAUUCACACGCCCAACCGUGAAUCAUGCGUGGAUACGACUUAAAUACACUAAACCGCAUGACGUUAGGUGAAGGUAGAUUUACAUAUUGUUAACUCGAUCUUCAUUAUUCAAGCGCCUCAGCCCUCUGUGCCUGCAAACACGGCGAACAAUGGAAUCCAACACAGGGUUGGUCAUGCUCCGCAAAUUCUCAACAGAGACCAGACUUGCACCUCUCGGUAAACUCUUCUGAAAAGAUCUUUCUGACCUCUCGCACGUCGGUCACGACGAAGGCUUGAUCUCCUUUAGUCUGCCUUCGCUCUUGGGCCCAUAUAUCUCGUUAUGGUGCUCAUUAUGCCCAUUGCUGCGGGGUCUGGGGCUGCGAGAUGUGGCGGUUCAAGAUCGCUACUGCUAGAAUUAUUUAUAUCUCGCUAAAGUUGCGCGAGGUACCUAGAGAUUAUAUCGGUCUAGUGAGACGCUCUCCCCUCCCACUGCUGCUGCUGCUGCUGCUGCUGCUACUACUACUACGGCCACUACCACCACCACCACCACCACCGCCGCCGCCGCCGCCGCCGCCACCACCACCACCACCACCACCACCAGCCUCUCUUACCGUCAUCGUCCUUAUAGAUAUCGCAACGGGCUUCUUACGGGUGGCGGGACUUGAGCUAUCGGUCGAUCGGCGGAUUUCCUUAGUGUUUAAAAGUACUAGCUUUGUUUGGCCUAGACUUGCCUCAGUUUGACGGGAGUUCUGUAUCGAUGCCGAUCGUUCUUAGUAUUUGAAUCUGAGGAGACUUAAGUUGGUGCCCGAUGUUUAACUCUUGUUAGUCCAACCAUAUUGCCUUGAAUGCGUUUGCUUUCGCCCCGUAGCACAAAAUUGUCCUAUUUAAUGUAUCUGUAAUCCUGAGAAUUAGCACUGACUUACCAAACCUAUGCGACAGGAAAAAGGAAAUUGGUAAAUACGUAGUUCCCAUUUUGUGUUUUUUCUUUCAUUUUGCAUCUUUGGCCAAUUAGACUGCCGUCUCUGUUCCAUGCAUCGUCUUCUCUCGAAAAUGUAAUUCUCUGUGCACAAGGGGUACGGACUGUCAGUGUGUAGGCUGAAGAAUCAACGAGGAUGGUCACGUCAGUCGACGGUGUAGGACUGCUGGUCGUUUUAGAUUAGGUUCUCUUCCUACUCUGCGUCAAUUUUAACCUCUACGGCAAAUUCAUGAAGGGGUUUUUAAGGCGUCUCAUCGGUUUUUUUAUUUGCUUGAACGCCAGCUGCACAAGAUACCACUGCCUCCGCCUUUAGCCCGUUUAUUUAAACGAACGGGCAUUCUGCCAACUGGCAGAUAGCGUCUUGUCGAUCGCCAGAUCAGAAAUAGGCUGGAACAGUCCCUCGACCUCUUCAUUAGGAGGCAAUUUCUGUGUACAGGGUUCUAAUGUACUCGUACUGUAGCAUAACUCUUUAAGUUAAACUGAACAAAAUCCCACCUUAAGUGUUCAAGACAAGACGUUUCGGAAUUAUCUUGCAUUUAACACCUUCGUUUCGUCUGUUUCUAAUUUUAUCCACCCUCCUCCCCCCACAACGCUGCACUAGGUCGCCCGAAACUAACGGGGGCGUGGCGAUUGAUGACUGCCAAUUCCAUCAAUGUGUGAAACUCAAUAAGUACAGUACCGACCAGGCUAUUUCCUUUGUUCCACCCGAUGGCGAGUUUGUCUUGAUGCGUUACCGUAAAACUCGCGUGAGUCAUUUGUGUCUCUUUUCUCUUUGACACUUCUAUCCUCGAUUUUCAAAUAUGUUUAUCGUUCGGCGUCGGUUGCCUGGUUGUCAAAGUCUGUCACACUUGUUCUGUUGAGAUUGUUUAUUUUUGGGUCCGGCCAAACAGCAAGGAACCUAUGGAGGCCAAGUCACUUCACUAGCACAAUUGGUCUUGUUGACACUACGCGGGAUCUGAAGGUGUCCAACAAGGCCAUCCCGUGGCCUUAAUAGCACUUGGAAACGCGGACGUGUUGACUGAGUUUGAGUGUUGACUGCGUUAAUCCUUGGAUUCGAGACUUGCGUGCCCCUCGUUUUACUAUGGCGUCCCGUAUUCGGUCAGUUUCGAUGACUUUCACUUCAGGUUUUGCGACAAUACGCCCUUAUGCCGAUUCUGCCUCAGGCCUUUGCAAGUCUCUUGUUUGAUAGGCAGAUGCUUGAGGUCUUGCGGAUUUCCUUAUAUUGUCGCUUUCGCCCGCCUUACCAAACGAACGCCCACAGUGAUGUUAUUAUACAAUAGUCACAUAGACGCUCGUCGUGGCUGUCCCACUGCAGUUACGUCUACUUUAGAAUGCAUGCAUACUGACCACGGCCAAUCUUUCCAAAUAUCGGGAUACCAUGGCCUCUUCUUUUCCCCACUCCCCCUUGUAUUCUCCGUUGGUGGAUAAGGUGAGAGUGGUCCGGUUUUCUUGCCCAGUCUCCACACUCUGUUUCUGUCGCUGCCUCGUAAAGAACCGUAGUUCGAGUGACAACUUUAUGCGUUCUCAUUUCGUAUUAAGGAGGAUCCCGCAGCAGUUCUAGACGGUGUUGAAACUUGCUGAAGGCCCGACUGACUUGCAAUUUCCUCCUCCACCUUUAUAUUUUUUGAGAUGGUACUUCCCGUUUACGCGAAUUUGUCCACAACUGUGCUCUGCUGCCGGUUUCCGGUGUUAAAUCGCCGUCGUCUGCAUGUAGGAGGUCGUAGGGACUGGUCUCUGAUAUUGGCUUCUGCCCGCAUACAUCGGAUUUUGAGUAACUGUCCAUCAGUUUGGUGGUGGAUGUUGGUUCCACUUCAAUUGUCGAGCUGGGCGCCCAUCAACACAACUGAGAACAUGGUUCAUUGGAGUAUGCGAACGGAUACACAACCUAGUCUCAUCUCAUUUGUCACCACUAGUGCUUCAUACCUAACCUACUGUCCGUCACACGUGCCAUCAGCCCGCUGCGUAGCUGCCUUACAAUCUGCGUGACCCGUUCCGCGCAGCCGAAUUUCAACAUGAUUCCCCUUCGUCCAUCACGGUCCACGAUGCCGAAAAAUAAGGGGCGUGGUCGUAGUUUCUUGGCAUUUAUUAUAGCCGGCAGACUACAAAACCGUAUCGAUGGUGGUUUCGCAGAAUUUCCGGAAGAAGUUUCCGUUCCAGAGCUUGUAUUCACUCCAGAUUGAGAUUCACGCGUUUUCUAAGAUCCACUCUUACGGUACUUGACUUGGCGUCCCCUCACUAUGAGAACGCCAACUGCGGACUGAAAUGGCAGUCUAAACGACAAGGCGGUCCUCCGUCCAGAAUCCUGCGUCACAUAUUACCCUUGUCAUCAGUAAAUCACGCUCCACUCACAUUAUGUCGAGAACAUGGUCAAUCUGCUGUCAGUGACGCGAUCGGCAGUGGAUCCACGUUGUCAUCUAGGUUGAAGGGCAGUAGCCGUUAGUGAUAAGAUUGUGUUCUUUGCAUGCCCACUACAGGGACGCAAGUGCCUUCGCAACUGUCGACUCCAUUAUGACCCUGCGUUCCCUCUCGGGGAGCGUGAUCUAUGUCUACGCGGACAUCGAAUUCACCGAGGACGAUCGAUUUUUCCACCUCCGGCACGGCCGAAAGGAGGACGUGCUGGUUGUCGUAGAAAUUGUCCUGCAUACACCUAUUAACGAGAGUGAUCAUACUAAAACGUAUCCCAGCAGAUGCUACGACAAAAGCCGCUUUCUCAAAAAAAUCGAAAAAAGGAGUUUUAUUUUUUGAUGAAUUGUUGUCCUUAGAGUUUGCUGUAAUUGUGGUUUUGCAUCUUUUGUUUAAGCAAUUUUUACUUGGGGUAAUAAACCCGUUUUCGCAGCAUGGGACUUUGCACAAAUUGCAUUUUCUUCGUGUACUUGCAGUCCGACAUGUGUAUUGUUUGUUUUAUAUAGAAUUCAUCUUUAGCUAAUUUACUGCUUUAAACAACUAUGACUUUCUAUCAUGAAUACUGUGGGUAGCUGAAUUUCAUUAUUCGCCGGUGCAGACAUUCACACUCCUUUCGUCCGACCAGCAAAUGAAUGCGGAGCUUGUUUUUCAUUCACCUGAAGAGCAGCGGCUGUUCCUUAAGUUAUCUGAAGACAUCCUACCAUCUAUUCUUUGAAGCAUCUAUAUACCUAUAUCGAAGGUGUUAUAUGGCCGUCCAUUGUUUGCCAUAUAGCAUCUAGAUUUUGAGGACCCGAGGUCUCAGGCCCUGGAAAGAAAGUAACCAUUGCCGCAAUGGCUAUUAUCGACUAAGGUGAACACUUUAGUUUUAAAACUGACACUUUUUUGCCUUCCACCUAGCAUAAUAGCAGUCAACUCCUAGACAUCUUAAAAUAUUUCGCGUGGAAGAAGGUCAUCUAGAAAAAAUUGUUCAAAACGUUCUUUGAUGAGUGACCAGGCAGCUGGCGAAAUAAGGGUAGCACAUAUUGGUUACUGAUGUGGCGUCUAAGCAGUAGGAGUGUACUCAGAACGCUACAAUCAUCAGGCCAGAUCUCUAUUUGUAAGGGGAAGACCGAAGUCACGAGGAUGAGAGAUUUAUUGUACACAGAACUCUGAGUUGUCCUCUGAGGUGGCAGUGGCCACUAGCGAAGUCAGGACCAGUGUCGACAGCGUCCAGUCUUGUCUGACGGGUUUUGAGACAGUGCCAGCUGCGUUUGUAGGCUUGUGGGGCAAGUUCGGGUGGUGUCCAAGUGGUGUGUGUUAAUUUCUCGAGGGGUGGUGUUCAAGUGGCUUAUGCUGCUCUUUGCAGAGGGUUGGUGUGUCCAAAUGAGACAUGGACAGUUGCGACCCUGUGGACGCACGUGUUAAGAUUAUCACUCCAGUUUUGCUACUUUUGCGGUUUAUUUAUGCCAGUUUCAUACAACGUUUUUGGUAAUCGAACCAUUUGAAUUUACAUUCAACACUUUAAAGGAAAUCACUCUACCCUUCCGUAUCAUACCUCUGGUUCGGGAGAUUGGCAAACACAAACUGGAGAUCAAGGUAGUCGUUAAGGCCAACUUCAAGGCCAGCCUGCUUGCGCAGAAGGUGGAAGUUCGCAUUCCAACACCCACAAAUACCAGCGGUGUUCAGGUGGCCUGCUUGAAGGGUCGUGCCAAGUACAAGCCCACGGAAAAUGCCAUUGUCUGGAAGUAAGCCUUCCAUAAUUCCUCUUUAGUCAAUUAUUUUUGCCACCUGGCUUCAGUCUGUAAAUGAUUGGAACUAUUUGUUUACGGACUGUGCGCACCAAACACCACAACCGGGGCGAACUUGCGGGUGAGCCUGCGUAUUCUCGUUUCCGGAUGCAACAAGUUCGAACUGACCAUCUACAAGGCGAAGGUAGUGUUCACGCAUAGACCAGCGUAACAGUGAAUUUGACGAUUAAAAUCGCUCCGCGACUGUAGAUAAAUCCUGUGUAAUGGGAUACAUCCCAUGUCGAGGAGAACCCCACAGUCGACGAGUUGGCCGCCUGCAUUUCUAAGACCAAGCAGGCCUUUUGCCAAGCUAAAAUACUUAAUUUGAACUCACCGUGUACAUGGCUGCCGCCCUGACUGCUUCCAUACAGUGCGGAGACAUGGACAGUAUCAAACCGAGACGCAGAGGUCCGGCCGCUUAUAUUUCAGCUGAAGUGGCCGCAGCGGAUCCGCGACACCGAGGACUAAGAAUUGUCUGAAGUUCUCGACACCUCUGUCUCCAUCGGGUUUCUCGGAAUCAAUCUGAAGUCCUGAGAAUCUUUCGUAGAGGAUAGGUAAAAAGGACGCAUUUCCGUAGGCAGUGCCGUUGCAAUUUCCAUAACCAAAACAAUCAGUGCUUGUACUGACCCUGUGGCACCCCUUCGCAUCCAACACAUAGCAGCCAACAACCUCGUUGACACUGCCGAAGAACGACGUCGCCAGCAUUGUUAGCCCACUCUUGGGCCCCGGCACAUCAUACAAUCGGCCUUACCUCUUGGAUCGAUUCUGUCACAACGGAUCGAGACGUUCUAACCUCGAAAGCUGCUGAAUCUCUGCUUGACGAACUCGAUCUAACGACGGGGACACCAGGACGGCGCACCCACCCGCCCAGCGUCUGUGGCUUCGUCACGGGAAACGGCGAAUCGAGAGUUCGGUGUAGCUGCGCGACCUGAAUCCGCGCACACUGUUUUCAGUGGUUGCUUGAAUCACUUCGCUGCCUUCUAUAACUGCAUUCUUGGUGGCUCUUACCCAUCAGUCAACUCGCACUUGGGACUGAGACAGGCAUAUUGAGUGCGCCAUGUCCUCCUUACUUUCGAUCACAACUCCGUGCCUCUCACUAUCCAAACUGCAAAUAAAACCUGAUGAAAGUCGCAUUCGUCGAUUGCGACGGACGAACUUUGCGUUAGGCCGUCCAAAACGGGCUGUACUGCUGCAUUUCUGUUAAACGGAGAGCAAACGAAUGUGUCACGCGCAUUCGACUGAGGUCUUCAGACCACCAUGAAGCUCUGAAAGACUUGGCUGGAGAGGCUUCCAAAUGACGGGCCAAGGGUUUUUACAGUCCGAGGAUCGAACCAAAAUAGCUCCUUAGUGGGACUUAUGAUAAUUUUAACCUUUGUGAGAUCCGAGAUGUUGAAGUAGGACCCGUCUGCUUGUGGAGCCAAUACGCACGCGUCAGUCGUAGGUUUAGGUUCUGCCAUAUCAACUGCUGCGGCCAUACCAAUCCCCAAUCGUUUUGGCCUUGUCUGGUCAUGAUGGGUGUGGAAAGUAUGGAUGAAGGUGCCUCACAAGUCUGCCUCAUUAUCAUCCAAUCCACGCGUACGUCGACACCGUGCCUUUCGGAUAGUGAUGGUUAUCGCUGAGAAUGUGUAAACUGCCGCUCUAUAUAUAUCAUUAACUUGGACUGAAUAUUUUUGCUACACGACAGUCAUGAUGAAUGCCAUGAUUGUACUAUUACUGUCUUAAGCAGCCACCUCUACCAGUUGUUACCAAAAGAAAACAGGAAGGUUUCGCCCUAUAAUAUUCUUUCAUUUUUGCGAAGUUUUCGUCGUGGCGGUAGUGUCAAAAUUGCUACAACGGCAUAUAAGCAACAUUGUGCUUGCCUAACAAUACUCAUUUUAGGUUGCCUAGGAUUGCCGGUAUGAAAGAGUCACAAUUGUCCGCUGAAAUUGAGCUUCUUCAGUCAUCAGACAAGCCCCAGCGCAGUGGACGCUCCCCAAUCUCCAUGAACUUUGAGGUAUGUGGCAAUUUCACACGAUUGCCUUAGCAGUUUUAUUUGCAACAAGAUAGGAGUACAGUGGAGUCGGAUUUGGCCCAGCAAUCCUUAUCCCUGCGCACUAGGCAGUUAUCGCUGUACAAAUUCGAGCUUCUUUUUUGGGGACAGUUAGACCUCGCUAUCAUAUCGUACACCCUGCAAUCUUUUAACUGUUUCAAGAUCUCCAUCUAGCUCACAUUAUACGAUCUGCCAGGUUGGGAGAAGUUGCCAAGCUGUAAGAACACUUCAUAACUCAGCCUAAGGGGAGCAGGAAACGCGUACAGCUGGAAACAAGGGAGAACACGGAUUAACUCGCACAGAUGACAGGUAUGGAAACUCGUUAGACAAUGGACAAACUUUUUGAUGCCAUUUCAAGGGAGAAGUGACUACUUAGGUGAGAUUGCAAGAAUAAUUAGCAGAUACCGGGUACCAUCAUGGCUUUCGACUGAGCAUAUUUUCAACCACAUGUGCUUGGAAAAAGACACUGUCUGGUAAAUGCCCAUUCCUUGCAUUAAUUUUCAAUGCGCGUAUCAGCCGCUAUCUCUUGGUGCAGUUCCUUUGGGAACCCUUUUUACCCGCUAGCUCGUCGUAUGCACACUAAUUAAUGAGGUGGUAUGCUUUCAGUGGUAGAGUUAUAGUAGUGAAGUUUUCUUUGGACGUGCAUGCAAUUCAUUUCAAUCGGCCCAAUUGCGAAAAAAACUCAGCAGCAAGGGGAAUUGUCAGCGGGUAGUCAGCAUUCCUGGGGAAAACAGGCAACACACAAAAACAUCCAGUCAUUGUUUGAACACUGCCAACGCUCUAACCACCACUGCCCUCUCACGGAGACCAUGCACUCCUCAAGUACGCUUGGAGGGAAUAAUCAACACUGAAGAUCAAGCCCAAACUAUUUCCUGUACAGUUCCACGGAAGUGACAGAGAGACCACUCGUACGCGUUAUCAACUUGAGGUCUUUUUUCAGGCCUACUGAUUGCUUUAUAAACUAGAAUAAGUUGGCCGAUUUGGUCUCUGAGAUGGAGGGCAGAAGCCAGGUCACACUACACGUGGGCAUCACCACUGAAACAACUGAUUCUCUACGAACCUUUAAUUGCUCAUAGACUAUCGUCAUAAACGGCGGCGAGGCCGUCAGUCUAGCCUGUUUACAUGAAUUUCUUGUAUCCGUGCCCAUUGUUUUUUCUCAGGUACCGUUUGCUCCAUCCGGUUUCCGGGUGCGCUUUCUCAAGGUGUUCGAACCAAAACUCAACUACUCGGAUCAUGACGUCAUCAAAUGGGUACGCUACAUCGGAAAGAGUGGCCUCUACGAGACCCGGUGUUAA